UAUCUAAUUCUUUUUUUUUUUUUUUAAUUCAAAAAUUUUAUUACCUGUACUUGUACAUGUGAUUCAUUUUCUUGACGGCAGGCCCGUAGCCACGGGGGGGCAAGGGGGGGGCGUUGCCCCCCACUAUACCCAGUCAUUGCCCCCCCUAAAAAUAUUAGAAAGAUGUUUAGGUAGUUACGUAUUUUAUUGCUUAUAACAUUUUCAUCGGUAAUAGAAUAGAUCAAAAAAGUUUUUUUAGCCGUGUAGUAGUAUUUAUUUCGGAAAUUCCGGGCCAUGACGACGAUACUGACGUGUCACGACGACUGUUGGCAAAUUGAUUGCUAACGUUAUCGUAAUCGUAGCUCAAUACUUUCCUAUCAAUUGACAUUUUAUUAUAGAACACCUAAAUAUUCUUUCAUUUUAUCGCCGACUGCAGCAGUACACGUGUGCCAAGAAAUUAUAUAACUGUUUUAAGUCUUGGAUUUUUUCAAAAAUUAAUACGUAAUAUGAAUUCAUGGGUAAUCAAAACAACCAAAAACUCGUCUGAAAAUACUACCGAAAAUAAUAAAACGUCCGAAAGCACUUCAUAUAUUAAUAAAACAUCAGAGAACACUUCAAUAAUUAAUAAAACAAAUAAUCAACCGAUUUUUCAAACACAUAAAAAAAAUCAAAUAAUUCUUCCGUCGUAUCCUAAUGUAGGUGGUAGAUCUUUUAGAAGUCAAUGGUUCAAAUUAUUUGAUUGGCUUGAAUAUUGUCCAGAAAAAAGUGUUGCAUUUUGUUAUCCAUGCAGAAUUGUUGGUAAUAAUGAGACUAAAGAAAUUGCAUUUUCUGUGACAGGAUAUUCCAACUGGAAAAAAGCUUUAGAAAAUAAUAAGGGGUUUUAUAAACAUCAAUCUUCUUCGUCGCACCGUAUUUGUAUAACAAAAUUGGUAGAUAAACAAAAACGUGUUGAAACGACUACAGAAAUUUCAACAUUGUUGAAUGAAAACGUUCUCGAAAAACAUAAAUAUUAUGUAAAAUCAAUUUUUGAAAUAAUCAUAUUUUUAGUCGUGAAUGAAUUACCAUUUCGUGGGGAUUUUGAUUUAGAAAUGCAGGAAGAUAAAGGUUUAUUUCAAUCACUUUUUCGGUACACUCUUAAAAAAGACACUAAACUUGCAGAAUGCGCUAAAUUAAUUCCUCAAAAUGCUACUUAUUUAUUAGAUUUACUUAUUUGUUAGAACAACGUUGGUCUAGCCAUUUAAAAAUAUGUGAAAUUAUAUAUAAUAAUUAUGAUAAUAUGAUAAAUUGUCUAAAAAAAGUGCAUGGAAAUUCAUUUGAUGGCAAUGAAGUAGCUCAAUGUGCAGGACUCUCAUUAACAAUGAAAAAGAAAACAUUUAGAUUCGCAUUGUGUCUUAUGUUAAAAUGUUUAAGAUACAUCAAACCAGCCGAUAAAAUUUUGCAAUCAAGAGAAACUGGUUUAACCCUAGCAAUUCCAAUUAUUCAUAGCGUGAUUAAUAGUUUAAAACAAUCAAGAAAUGAAGAAGUGUUCAAUGCAAUUUUAAAAGACUGAACAUUUAUUACCUGAAACCGAAACUGAAUCUCCAAAACGCAAGAGAAAGACUACGAUAAAAUUGAAUGAAUAUAUUUUAAGUGAAUCAUCUGGUACUUAUACAAAUUAUGUCAA